GUGCUGAAAUUACUUCAUUUCACAUGUACGGAUUCCACUGAUGGAAUCACUUCCAAGAGGAAAUACCACACGGCUCAGAGGGAACAAAAUUUCAAAAAUUCUCCUAUGUAACGAAUCUUGACUUAAACGAUCUCCAGGAAUCGACCACACACAUGAGAGUUUAAGCGACCGAUACGUGUGAAACAUGACAUCAGUGGCAGGGUCAAGACCAUGGCAUUUCUUAUGAAGAAAUGCCUUUCCCAUGUUUUCAAGAGUGUCUCCUCAAAAGCAGACGACAGCAAGUCUCAAGUCGCCUGCCCAGCAGGUCCGAUGUGUCCUCCAACUCCAGAACUCACGACCUUGACCCCCGAGGAGCUGCUCAUCCUCCGUGACGUGUUUCGUCGCCAGGAGCAGUUUGAGAGGGAGGAGAGUGAGCGGAUCAGGAAGAUCUCGAACGACCUACAGGAGUUCGAGCAGACGGUGAAGGAGCAGUCGUCCCACAAGUCCCCGCACGUCGACCUCAGGCUGUGCAGACUCUGCUACAAAACCAAGUUCGUCGACGGCAUCGGCCGCAUGUGUCACGACUGCCACAAACGUGUCUGUAACAAGUGCGGCUCGUUCACCAAGUACAGGCGCGACGUCAGGAAAAAUAAGAGUGUUCGUGGGAAAUGGCGGUGUAACAUGUGUCAGAUGAAACGGGAAGCCGUCUGCAAAACCGGAAGUUGGUACCACAGAACCUCUCCCACAGAGAACGAGAACGAUGAAAACAACGCCAUGGUUAAAUUAAAGUCAUCUUUCUCUGCGGAUUAUGACUCGGAAAACAGUGAGAGGGAGAGUCAACUAUUAACCUGUGAUACGGAAACGGACGCUCUGCCUUCGGGAAACAGAACCGACCCCGAACUGUACCGAUCUCUGGACAGCCCCCAGGGGGGUACAAAAAUCGGCCCCAAGAAGUCGAGACGACGAAGCCUUCCUGUGGGCCCGGUGCUUCAGAGUGGGGAGGACGACGACGACGAUGACUGCGUGAACAACGGAGAUCACUUGAAGCGAGAGAGGAUGUUGUUCCUACAGAGACGGCAGCUGAGGAAGCUCAAGAAGAGACAGUAUUCCACGCAGACGUCUGAGGAGGAUGCCGGGGCUCCUCCGUCUGAAGGAUCUGAUCAAGAAGGAGUCGGCUCCUUCGAACUGAACUCGUGCAGCGAGGACCUGUCUCGACCGAUCAUAACGUUCGACGCCUGCUCGUUCGGGCGCGACCAGGACGUCAUUCCGACGUACUUCUCGACGUCCAAACUGUCUCUGGAGUCCAUCAGCGACAGCAGCAGCGUGUUGUCGUACGCCACGAAGGAGAGCAGUUUGUCGGACGGCACGGAGUCGCCGCUGUUGAUGAGGAUAAAGCGGCAGAACGCUGUCUACGGCAGCAGCUCGUCCAGCGUCUUCUCCGAUACCAAGCAGUCCGACUCGCAAGGGGGUGCCAACAGUCCCAGCGCGGUCCGCAACGCCAACAGUCCCAACCAUGUGCGAAAUACCAACAGUCCCAAACCUGUCCGUAACGCCAACAGUCCCCAACCUGUCCGGAAUACCAACAGCCCUAAACCUUCCCGAAAUGCCAACAGUCCUAUCCAUGUACGAAAUGCCAAUAGUCCCACCCCUGUCCGAAACGCCAAUAGUCCCAUCCCUGUCCGGAAUGCCAACAGUCACAGUUCUGUGCGGAACGGUGGUAGUCGCGAGGCGGGAAGUGAUGAAAGGAGCAAGGACUCGAGACACCCCGACAACAAACAUGAGAUGUUCAACAGGCGGAUAACUCUGUCCAAGUGUGAGUGCAUCAACCCGUCCGACAAAGAACAAACCAAACGAUUAUGUUCGAUCAAACCGCAUCAUCCACACGAGAUAAUUUUACACAGAGACAGAAACGAUCGGAGUCAAAAAACUAAUGGUCUGGGCAUGCGUAUUGUAGGUGGUAUGCGUGUGGACGCCAUUCUGGGAGCCUACGUUGUCAUGGUAAUCAAAGGUGGACCUGCAGAUGUACAAGGUCACAUAGAGGAAGGUGAUCAGAUCUUGCAAUGGAAUGGUCAGUCACUGACUAACGUCACAUUUGAAGAAGCUCGAACUAUCAUGGACAAUUCGGGCGAGGUCGUUCAACUCAUAGUUCGUCAUAGACAUCGCAAAAUUGAAACGCAGGAUACUUCUCCAGAACACAGAGUGAUCAGAUUAGUAUCAGCUGACAUGUCGUGUUUAGGAAAAGGCAACAUACCUUACCCACUGGACAACCAAUCGUUUCCAAGACCAAGACGGCGCAUGCUUCCAAAAACACCCAUUGAGAUAAAGAAGGAGACUCGGAAGAUCACGGGACAGAUCCUUAUACAGAUGACUCAUUGUCCCGCCACCGACACGCUCACCGUGUCACUGCUCAAGGCUAAGGAGCUGUCCAUUCCAGAGAAAUCGUACGACGUGCCUAGUCCUUUCGCGCUCAUCCACAUGUUACCCAGACGAAGAUUGUACGUUCCAUCAGAAACAAAAUGUGUGGAGAAAACGCACAUGCCCGAAUGGAAUCACGUCUGUAGUUUUGAAAAUAUCAGCGAAGAAAAACUGUGUAAACGAUCCAUCGAGAUCACGGUGUGGAACAGGGAAGAGAAGGAAGACUUCUUCAUGGGAGAGGUUCUGUUGGAUCUGGGUGACGUCCCCUUGGAUGAGGACUACACCUGGUACCAGCUGGAAGACCACGACGACAACAGUUCACCACUUCCGGAGAGAAAACACUCAGUUCCGGAAGUGAUUCCGCCUAAGCUGGAGAACCCCAACACAUUGUCCAGUCCUUCACCUUCUCCGAGCAAUUCCAGACGUUAUUCUCCCAAGGAAUCGAGGAGGUCGUCUCCGUUAGAGAUCAGCCGAUUCUCUCCCAACGAGUCCAGGAGGUCUUCUCCAAAAGAUUCCAGGAAAUCGUCGCCCAGAGAUUCUAGGAAAUCGUCCAUUAGAGAUUCAAAGAAAUCGUCUCCCAAUGUGUGCAGUAGAUCUCCCAAAGAGACGAGGCGAUCCAUUACGCCAAACUCACCCGAACGAAGAUUGUCAAUAAAGGGAUCGCCGGUAAUGGAGAGGAAUCAGCCUGGAGUUACUCCCCCUGUUUCUCCUAUUUUAGCUUUUGGAAUGGAAUUGUCAAGUCCUCAGAGAAGCAGCUUCAGGAGCAAGAUGAAGCGGCGGAUGGCGAGCGCUGUGUCCCGAGUGUCUUCCUCCCUCACCGUGCUGGACAGGCGAGAUUCAGCUGAGGAACCGAACCACGGUGAGCUACACCGCAGCAGAAGUUUCUGUGAAGAGUCUGGCCCCGACACCAACCCACUUCAUCACACACGUCGCACGUCAGCCAACUUUGACUUGCUGGCCCCACCCCGUCCACUGAGUCGCGCCAACAGUAUUUCCAGUUUCUAUGACUCGGACGACCUGUCCGACCAAGCAAGCUGGCACACCGUGUCUCCAGUGGAACGACCGCCACCUGACGGAGAUGACGUCACCUCAACACUCGGCCCAGCCCAGGUCCCGCCCAAACCAGCUGCUGAGAAUCUGGUUUGUGGCGAGGUCAGACUGGGCUUCAUUGUGUCGAAAGGUCAUCUGGAGAUCGACGUGUUGAGAGUGAGAGGCUUCGAGAAAGGCGAGUGUGGAUUACCACCUGAUGCAUAUGUGAAGACGUAUCUCAUAGAGGGUAGCAAAGUGAUCCAAAAGAAGAAAACUCAAGUUGUCAAGGCAACCGGUGAAUCGUGUUAUAGACGGAAAGUCAAGUAUUCUGCAUGUAACAUCCAUGGCCGGUAUAUGAAGAUCAACAUUUGGGAGAGGUGUAAAGGCUUCGAGAAGAAGCGCUGUCUUGGUGAAUCUGUUGUUAAACUGGACAGCCUCGAUCUCAAUCAGCAGACGGUAGGCUGGUACAAACUGUUUCCGGUGAACACGACGGAGCUAGGGUCAGACGAAUCGUUGUAUCACUGGUGAUCACGUGAUUGUUGAAAGACGCGAUGUAUUGUUUCACGGGUGACACGUGGUAGUUGAAAAAAACGAGUCGUUGUAUCACUGGUGAUCACGUGAUUGUUGAAAGACGCGAUGUAUUGUUUCACUAGUGACGCGUGAUAGUUGAAAGAUGCGAUGCAUUGUUUCACUGGCGAUCACGAGAUAGUUGGAAAAAGCGAGUCGUUUUAUUACUGGUGAUCACGUGAUUGCUGAAAGACGUGAUGUAUUGUUUCACUGGUGAUCACGUGAUUGCUGAAAUACGCGGUGUAUUGUUUCACUGGUGACCAUGUGAUAGUUAAAAGAAACGAGUCGUUGUUCACAACGUGAUCACGUGAUAGAUGAAAGAAACGAUUCAUUGCAUCACUGGUGAUGACGUGAUAGUUGGAAGAAACGAGUUGUGUUACAGGUGACCAUGUGAUAGUUAAAAGAAACGAGUCGUUGUUGACAACGUGAUCACGUGAUAGUUGACAUAAGCGAUUCAUUGCAUCAAUGGUGAUCACUUGAUAGUUGAAAGAAGCGAGUCGUUGAAUCACUGGUGACCAUGUGAUAGUUGAAAGACACGAGUCAUUGUAUCACUGGUGAGCACGUGAUAGGUAAAACAAACGGGUCGUUGUUUUACUGGCGAUCACGUGAUAGCUGAAAGAAAUUGGUUGAACGUGAAGCGCAUAUAGCAGUAUAGCGACCGUUUCGUGCUACCUCCGACAGAACGCAGUCCUGUGUUCUUUCAACAAGGCAGAUACAGGUGCAGACGGGUCAUUCUAUCAUUGAUGAUUCCGUGUUAUAUGAAAGAGAUUAGCGUGGUAAAAACUGGUUUACUUCGGUGAGGCAGAGCUAAGUACAGAUCAGUCAUUCCAUCUCUGAUUACUCUGUACUAUUUGAAAAUACUAACGUGAUGACCGACUAUUUUCUUUCGACGAAACAUAUAACUGAUCGAGUUGUUUAUUGGUGGAGAAUCAGUGGUCUCGUCAGUUGAAAGAAACCACCAUGAUACAAACCGAUUUCUUUCAAUCCCACAGAGUCCAGAGCAGUUGCUGUAUCUAACGUUAGUACAAACUGUUUGGCUUCAACAAGAAAAGGUACGAUGAAUCGUAUCGCAACUGAUGAAGUUUUAGUUGAAAGAAAGACUACUGUUGUAAAACAAAACCCUAUUUGUGUGACAACACGAUUCAGAUGGCACAGCUGUCAGCAGGACGACAUUCUUAUUUUGGUGAUCUAUCAUUAAAUCAUCAAAUAUUAUUAACUGAAAGCAAACUCUCCUAUACCGUCACAAGGUAAAAACAGUUGUUAAUACAAGUGAGAUUGCUUCUUAGAAAAAAUAUGAAAAAGUGCCCGUUUUAGUUUACAGUGUUCUUUUCGACUAAUUGGUGAAGACCCAAUAGACCCAAUAUGUGCCCUGCUUCGUUUUUACAGCGUAGCCCCCAUUUAUUUUUGUUAGGUACGACUCUGUUAUCUGGACUACAGAGAGAUGAUUGCCAUAAUGGCCUUACGAUUAUGAUUGUUCAGGGUUUGUUGUACAUGUUAGCGCAUGUUUAACAAAGUGAAUCCUGUGAAAUAAAGUAUGGAUACUGUUGAUUUUCCAUACAAAUCUUGGAUCACUGAACUGCUGAAUAUAUCUAGUGGAGAUUUUAUUUUCAGAAAUAGUUGUUAGGUCUGUACGCAACCCGUGUGGUAGAAUAAGAGGUCGUCAAUAAAGCACUUGCCCUAAAAAUAGUUUAUUAAGUUUUGAUUACUACACAUGCCUCCUCUAUGUAGACCACGUGUGUUACAUUGAUCUUUAAACUGAACCGUAUAUUAGAAGCAGUUAAUAUAUAGGAGUUUAAAUAUUGUGUAUGUUUUACACAGGGAAAUUUAAGAUAGAAUUUAAAGAUUCUUGACAGAUGGUCGGGAUAAGUUGGCAUUUUGGUGUAUUCUGUAAUAUUUAUUGUUUGACCAAAAAUAAUGUUGGGUGGUCGGGUCCAUUGGGCCCCCGCCUGAAUCCGCGCCUGGUCUAUUUCGCAUUUGCAUAAUAAUUAACAGGAAAAUAUCAGGUUAACCCAGGUUUAAUUUAACUACGCUUUGAAAAACUGGACCAUGGUAUGUACGAGCCGAUAUGUUCUAUCAGCGAAUAUUAUACGUUAUUUUGUACGUUUCACCCUCUCUUCCCAUCCCAUUUGGGUGUACGUACUUUAAGAACAACCCUUCGUGUGUUAACGUCAGAUGACAAAUGUAAAUAAAACAAGCAGUGAAAAAAACAUUGUUUCAUGUACUGCCAACCGAUGUGCUAAAAAUGUUUGUUCUUCCCAUUUUUAUAAGUUAGUAUUGUGUGUGACAAUCUGUUUUGGGGCAUAUAUGAUAUAUUAUGCAGGUAAAAUAUGAUGAUUGGCAUUUACGUCACUUCUGUAAUUUUAGCGCCUGCUACGCAUUGGCUACGUCCAAUGUGUGUGUUCAGACGCCAUAUUAAUGUAGACGAUAGUUGCAAGAAGAAGACAUAGUUUAAUGUAACUGAAAAGUUGUGCAAUGGAGAAUAUUAAUAGCAGGCAUGCCUAUCGUUGACGACAAAUGAAUUGCUUUACAUAUAUGAAUGGUUUUGUUAAAAGAAUCCUUUCAGAAUUCGCCUAUAUUGAGAAAGUAUUAAAAACCAUUAAAAAAACCCUAUUAAAAAUGAUAAAUCUAAAACUAUAGGCAUCCCCAGGUGAGCGUGCGUGAAUGUUUGUUGCAUAAUAAUCUAUUGUCGAUGGAUGGCAACAUUACAGUUGUCUGCGUCUAUUUUACGGGGCAUGAUGUAGCUCAAUGGUAAAGCAGUCGUCUGAGUUGCAACGAGUUGUAGGAAUUACCCCCUCCUAUGGACUAAUAUAUCUUCCCUUCCCAAACAGUGCUCAUGAAAAGGUAAAUCAAGGUCCAUGGUAUGUUCUUUCCUGUCUGAAGGAAUCUACGUGCAAAAUACCUCAUGCUACUUUUCGGAAUCGGUAGCCUGUAUGACGGCAGCAGGUUUCCACACUGGACCGAGUGUCGAAAUAAACACAUAUAAGACUCCAAGUAGUCUUAAUGUGUAACGUGCUGAGAUGUCAUUAAACAUAUUUUCCUUUCAUUUCGUUUUGCGGUUCGAUAUACCAUGUUUUCGGUUAUUGUUAUAGUGGUUGAAAAUGAAUAUCAAAGUGUUAAGCUGAAUUUGUAUGAAGUGCCUGAAAAAAAUAUUUCUGUUUCGUAGUCUUCUAUGACAAAACUACCUCUCUGCUGAGAUAAAUAUGCUGGUCAAACUUUGUGUUUUAUUAAUGUGUUGUUUGUGGGGGGUUUUGUUUACAAUCAAUUUCAGUAUUUCUUUCUGCAUUGCUUAAGUAUUCCGUUAGAUACUUUCAAACCAUAUGCGAUAUGUACGUUAGUAUUCUUGCUUGUUCUGUAUUGAAUGAUUGCAACAAGUUUGUUUUCAUAUCAUCACGUGGAUUAUAUAAUUUCUGAUAACUUUUCUUCAUGCAGGUAUGCUAGUUAUGAGUCAUUCAGAUUGUUUGAUUAAUGUUCAAAGGCAAAACGAAACAAAACAAAAUAAAAAACACAACAAAUACCAAUAGAAAAAUAGCUGAAAGGUAUAUAUUGGUAUAACUAAAUAUAUAAAUAUUGAUUUGUUUUUCUCUCUUUGUUUUUGUUGUAAACUGGAGAGAGAGAGAGAGAGAGAGAGAGAGAGAGAGAGAGAGAGAGAGAGAGAGAGAGAGAGAGAGAGAGAGAGAGAAGAAAAGAGAUGUACCGUAAAUACUUGAUCAUUGACCGGGUCUGAUCAAAUAGAAGCCAGGAUCUUGUCCUAGAUUUGUGCAACAAAACAAAAACAAAUAACAAACGCUGGCUUGUAACUGAGUAUUUACGGUAUAACUUUGGAAUGGCGUUGGUUGUCCAUUAUGUGUGUUUUAAUGUGUACCUGUACCUGUGUAUGUCACGAUGUUCCUGUACAUGAACGAGUGGUGCUGAUGUCCGUCAAGGUCUACACCGAGAUGCAUGUGUGCACCGAUACAAACACAUAUCACUUUUGAGAAAAUAAAAUCUUUUAAAUCUUA